AAGAUGUCGGUGCUAAACACUUUGAUAUUAGAGGGGAAAGUUGCACUUUCCUAUUUCAUUGCUUGCACUCUCUUAGUUUUAACUCUAUUUCAAAGCUGUAGUCUCACGGAAAUAUGGAGUAUCGCCACGAGAGGCAUAAUUCUUGGAUUGACCAUGUGUGCGACUUGUUUCGUUCCAUAUUCUUCUGUUGCCAAGAGAGCUGCCCUGUUAGGUAUCAUUUUUGGAAUUGCCAUUCUCCUAAGCUUGGGUGAAACAUUCUGGAAAUAUUUUGGCUGGUACCUAGCUUCAUUAUCAUUCUUUCACCUCUCUGAAUAUGUCAUGGUGGCAUGUUAUUCUCCAGAUAAGCUAUCUGUGGAUUCAUUUCUGCUGAAUCACAGUCCAGAAUAUCAAAUUGCUGCUGUUGCAAGUUGGAUUGAAUUUGGUGUAGAACUGUGGCUUUUCCCUUCCAUGAAGAACAUGUUCGUUGCAAGCUCCAUGGGUUUGCUGUGUAUGAUCGGAGGAGAAACUUUACGAAAGCUUGCCAUGAUAACAGCUGAAUCUAAUUUUACCCAUAUUAUUCAGACCAGAAAGGAGAAAAGCCAUGUGUUAGUGACACGUGGAAUUUAUAGUUUAUGUCGACAUCCAGGGUAUGCUGGCUGGUUCUGGUGGAGUUUAGGAACACAACUCACAUUGUGUAAUCCCAUUUGCCUCAUUGGUUACAUCUGGGCCUCAUGGAGAUUUUUCAAUGAACGUGUCUAUGAUGAGGAAAUCACAUUAAUUGAUUUCUUUGGAGAAGAGUACUUGGCCUAUCAGAAGAAGGUCACAUCUGUAGGAGUCCCAUUUGUCAAAGGAUUUGAAUACAAUGUGGAGAUGGUAAAGAACUCAUAGCUGAUUGAUGGAAGUCACUCUACAUGCAACUACAGUAAGCAGAACAUUAAAGCUUUUAAAAAGGAGAAGUGAGCUCCAGAAACUUAUUAUUUAUACUUUUACAGUAUGAAUUGUAUAUGAACAUUUGUGCUUCUAUGCACAUGAGGCAUCUGGCAGAGAAUGCCAUUUAAUUCUGUUGGUUGCCAGUCUGUCAGGCUGCCUCCAUCUGGAGCUGUGCUGUGUUCCUCGUUUCCCUUUCUAUGGUUGUCCACCAAGUUUCCUCAGAUCAGCCUCUCUUUCAUUGGCCAUCUGGAGAAGGGCCACUCUUGGUAGAGCUGAUGGUGACAUUCAGAGCGCACACUAUCAAUCCAGCUCCAUCUUCUUCAUAGGCCAUAAGAUUCAAAGAAUUCUUUACAACCAUUUGUUCUGGAACCCAGGUGAAUUUGUUAUAUCUGUGCAUUUAAUGCAAACCUAGAAAGGUUUGGUUACUCUUGGGAAUCUCAAGAAAAUAGUUGUCAUAUUUUCAUCUUUAUUUUUCGGAUGUGGAGAUAAACACUGUAAAUUAAUUUUAUUGGUUUGAGGAGUAUGUUUCUCCUCUCAUAGGCUAAUGCAGAUGGUGAACACACAUUUUGUGCCAAAUUUGUAUGAUUAAUUAUUUUUGUUUUUUAUGUUGCUGGUCGUACAUCCACAAGUUUUAAUUUUUUAGAUGUAAAUAAUUAAUUCCGUUGAUAUCAUUUACAAUAGCCCUAACUUAGAAAACAUUAAACAAAUUUUUGAGUUGAUUUUGAGGGAUCAAUUUUGUAUUGACUAUUCAACUUAAAUAUUAGUAUCUAUUGAAGAGCAAAUCUUAAAGCUACACACAAAUUGUUGUGAAUGUUUGAGGUUUGUUUUUCUUGUACAAAAUUUGCUUUUCCUUAAAACCAUAUACAACAAAAAUGAAGUUGUUUAAAUAUUUCCAAUGGUCACAUGUACAGUGUCUAGGCUGCACAGUAAUAAUAUUUAAGGAUUCACUUAAACCUAUUAAACCUUUAACUCCCAGAAGUGAUGAAAAUGUCAGUUCUCUCUACAAUAUCCAUGCACUAUCCAGCAAACAUGUAAUAAGAAUACUCAAUACUCAGGUUUAAGUUGUCAUCCUGAUCUUACCGUAAAUUCUCGUAACUUGUUUACAAGGAAAUAUGUAGCAGCUAGAGGGGAGAAUUAACAAUCUGAUCUUGGGAGUUAAAGGGUUAAAUAUUUUUUCUCUUCAUUGAAUGUCCUCUCUCUGAGGUUGUUUUGUGUUGGCACCAGCCUUUAUUUCUUAUUUACUUUGUAUUUGAGUAUGCAAUUUCUUCUCAUAUUAAUUAUAAUUGCGUCUAGAGGUUGA